CACACACCGCCUCUCUCUCACACACACACACACACACACACACACACUCGCACACACAGCCAGCGCUAACAGCCGUAGCUAGACUACAGUAAUUCCCCAGCAUGGGCGGCUUGAAACUGCUCGGGCUGAAUAGCAUUUGCUGUUCCGUCCCCGCGGCCGCCUCCCGCCGGCCCCGCGCGGCGUUGCCUCCUCUCCUCCUCCCGCUCAAGUUGUGCUGACACAGGCGGCUGCCGCACCAAGUUUGUCAACAGCCCCGCGCGCUCCUCCCGCCGGCGGGAACGGGGACACCGAAGUGUCCCCUCAGCGAGGGCUGCACCCCCGGCAGUGUGUGUCUUACGUGGGGAAAGUGACAGGGCUCCCCACUGCGUGGCUUGGCCAGGGUGGCCUGGCACAGGGCCGGGGAGGGGUUCAUGUGGAGGCCGCUGCUCCCGCGGCGUCCGCUCCUGAGACAAAGAGACGUGCCAAAAAUGCCCAUCCUCGCCUCUCCAAACCCGCCAGAACUGAGGAAUGCCGAGUGCACGAGCACACGUGUGCAGACGAGCAGGUCUGAACUACAGAGUAAAGGACGCAAAUAGUGACGGCACAAUCCUUUAUCCGGAAACCUGUAUGUAAGAAGGCAGAGAGGACAUAAAUACUGGAACUAUGAAGAUGCAGCUGCUGUCAAGUGUCCUGUAGCAUGGCAGGUAAAGAGGACUUCUUUCUGGAAGAAAGAAGAUUCAAGGAGUACUGCGAGGAAUUUAUUAAACAUUCACAGCAGAUAGGAGAUGGUUGGGAGUGGAGAACUAGCAAGGACCUUGGUGAUUGUUAUCUUAGUAAAACACACUUCCAAGUAAGAAAUAGGAACAUCUCAGCAGAUCUCAGGGAAGAAAACAAUGAUAACAUGGAACAAACAUCAUUUUUACAUGUUGAAGAGUCUUUGGAUGAUUCUCAAGUAGCUGGAGUUUGUGCAACAGAGGAGGUGGUUCGCUAUGAAUAUCACGUCCUGUACUCCAGCAGCUACCAAGUACCCGUGCUUUACUUUAGGGCAUGCUUUUUAGAUGGAAGACCUUUAACUCUGGAUGAAAUAUGGAGAAGUGUUCACACAUGCUACCAGGCUCGUCUGCUGGAGGGGUCCUGGGACACUAUUACACAGCAGGAGCAUCCCUUGCUUGGGCAGCCAUUUUUCGUUCUGCACCCUUGCCGGACUAAUGAAUUCAUGUCUUCUGUACUGACCGGGACACGGAAACAGAACAGACACAUGAAUUACAUUAUAUUGUGGCUCAGUACUGUAGGCCCAGUUGUGGGUCUAAAUCUGCCCCUGAGUUAUGCAAAACUAGCACCUGAGCAGAAUACAAGUGCUGACUCUGUUGAAAGACCUCUGAGCUGAAGGAUGGAUGAUAGUUAGCUGUAGUAAAACUACUGCACACUUUCCUAGGGAUGAAAUCAAACAAAGGAGUCCUCCCUGACUGGUAAGCAAUGCCCUGUGGAACAGUGGCUGCUCACAGCUCUUUCUCUGGCAAGAACUUGCCUGGUUACAGUGGAAGAACUAAGAGCCAACUGCAGUUGUGACAACAGCUCUCAGGCACCAUCGAGACCUGAAUUCCCUUGCGAUUGCACCAACACCCCACCGUCACUUCACUCCUACCUCUGUUUCACUGCGGUUAUGGCCUUAGUAACACAGCACACGGAUGCACAAGCCCGUGGUUCCAUGAGUCAAGAUGCUGAGUUUGGAUCUACCGAAUUUAUCUGCUAAAAAUCAUGUAUCUAGAAAAUCCACACCAUCUGUGAGGAUAUGUACAGCAAAACGCUUGCAGGAUGUGGUUUAAGCUUGUGGCCAUCAGUGUGCGGGUUGAGACUGCUUCGCCUCGGGGCCACCUUCUCCACCAUAGCCUGGUGCAUGGACCAUCCUCGUGUUCCCCACCAAACACAGGAUAUCCUGAUCUGAGGGCUGAAUAAUACUUUGCUGAGGGUAUUUUGUGUAUGUCAUGCUCCAGGGUACAGACAAGAUCAGGAUUGUAGGCAGAGUACUUGCAGUACUUGAUUAAGGAGGAUGGAGCCAGGCUCUUCUCCGUGACAGCCAAUAAUAGGACAAGGAGUAAUGGGUGCGAACUGGAACACAAGAGGUUCCACUUAAAUUUGAGCAGAAACAACUUCUCAGUGAGGGUGCCAGAGCCUGGCCCAGGCUGCCCAGGGAGGUUGUGGAGUCUCCUUCUCUGCAGACAUUCAAAUCCCCCUGGACACCUUCCUGUGUAACCUCAUCUGGGUGUUCCUGCUCCAUGGGGGGAUUGCAGUGGAUGAGCUUUCCAGGUCCCUCCCAAUCCCUGACAUUCUGGGAUUCUGGGAGUCUAAACCUAAGCAUGUACAGUUCUGGAGUUCAAGGUGCCUCAUGCUAUCGUAUGAGAACAUCUGGCUUUUCUGUGCUUCACUGCCUCCAGAGGAAGCUUUGCCAUACCCUGUGGGAGUUACUGUUGUAGUCAGUUAGUAUUUCAUGUUGUACUGGUAGUUGUUCACAGGUUUGGUCCCUAUCCCGCAGUCUUUACGCAAACCUCCCCUGACAGCUGUUGAGUUUUGGGCAAGUAGGAAUUGCGUAGUGGUGCAGUCAUCAGUGAAAAACAGAUGAGGAGUAACUUCCAUACAAGGCAGCUUGGAUUCUUUCCUAGUCACGUUUUAUUUGUAGUGUAACCAGACCACAAGUUCUGAGCAGCUGAGAUGGAAUUACAGGUUUUACUUUAUGUGUUCAGCAGUAUGUCACUUGCAUCCUGAGCCCAACCUGUGCCACAUCAGCCGUGGAAAUGUGAAAUGCAUUGCGUUUCAGAUAUUUUGAUUGGUUACAUAUUUUUAACUUAGACCAUACGUAUGUUAUGGGUGGAUUUAAAUACAGUGCAAUCUUUAAAAUUCCAUUGGUGCAGAAUUCUUUUGCCAGACAUUUUGAAUUAAUGAAAGCACAUAAUUUAUCCCAUAACAACCUGAAAAGCCAUUUUUCUAUGUAAAAUUUAUAAAACAUGGCUUCCUGUUCAUGUACAAUGACAGUAGCUACAUUGUAUGGAUAAAAUUAUCAAGCAUACGUUACCAAAAGUGUUAACUUUUGGUAACGUAUGCUUGAUAAUUUUAUCCAUAGUUCAAUUCAAGGAAGACUUACACAGGAGGAAAGCCAACCAAACAAAAAGAUAACAGCAUGUUUAAGAGUUGGUAAAUGUUCAUCCGUACUCUGAUUUUCAUUAUUUAUACCCUGGAACAGAGGGUUCCUGAGCUGCUGUAUCAGCUUCUCCUGCACCUGUGCAUCAUCUUGGCUCACACUGUGCUGGCUCGCCCUUGGGACCUUUACUCCCAGUCUAACUUAGAACUGGCCUUGGGCAGCUUUGUUUAAACCAAGGUCUGAAUUAGCUUCUGCUGAACUUGGGAUUGGGGAGGUACAAAGGAUUGAUGGAGUUGUUCCCUGUAAACCAUCAGUGCUGACGGCUGCGUUGGUAUAUCUGAGAUCAGCUAUGCUCGUUGUCCCAAAGCAUCACAGAUCUUACCUGGUACUGCACUGAGGGUUAAAUACACAGAAGAAAUUCCACUUUUAAGUAACAGAAGUAAUAAAAUGCAAUGCUGAACACAGAAUGCCUUCGGAAUACCUUACAGGUGAAACGCUGGGUUGAGUCUUCUCAUAUACUGAACAAGAGCUGUUCCUUGAUAAAGGAGAAGAAAAGAGCCUGGAACAACUUUUGAGUAUUUUUUCAAGGUUGUUAGACCUUGAGAAGUUUCAACUGCUAAGAUGCUACUUUGCAAAAUUUAUAAGCAUAGUUUUAUAGGCAUUUAUUGGAGACCAGCUCUUUGUGUUUCUGUCUUGGAAGCAGAAACUGCGGUGCAACAGUAUAAUAGGAUUUGGCUGGUUGGGUUUCUCUACUACAGGCAAGACUUCUUGUUGCAAGUGUGUGAAAAUGUCAUUGCUUUACUCAGAAUGUCAGCGUCUCAUCCAUGUGACACUGUACAUCAGGCCCUGUAACUUACAGCUUGUAAUUACAGACGAAAGAAAACAAAUAUGAAAUAGGUCUGGAACAAUAUACUCCACUCACUUUCUCUGCUCCAUCAGCCUUCCACUGCACUUUAAUCUUCUCUUUUUAUUUUUCUUUUUUUUAACCAAGAUGUACAAGAAAAGUGGAAUUUGUAUGUAAACAAGAAAUAAAUAUUUUUCUUUUACGUGGAA